AUGGCAAGCCACCAAGAUGAUCAAGGUCACAAAAACGGCUUGAAACAAGCUCGAGUUGUUGUAAUCAUGGUGCCUUUUCCAGCCCAAGGCCAUCUCAAUCAGCUCCUACAACUCUCCUGCCUCAUCGCCUCCUAUGGACUCCCCGUUCACUAUGUCGGCUCUGCCACCCACAACCGCCAAGCCAAACUCCGCGCUAAUGGCUUAGACCCUCUCCACAUUGACAGAAUCAGUUUCCAUGAUUUUCCUACCCCUGCUUUUCCCUCUCCUCCUCCAAACCCCAACUCCUCAAAUAAAUUCCCAGUACAUCUCCAUCCAUCUUGGGAAGCCUCUCAGCAACUCCGCCAACCUGUUGCUGCACUUUUAAAAGAAAUCUCUAGUACAUCACAAAGAAUUAUCAUUAUUCAUGACAUACUUAUGGCUUCCAUUGUUCAGGAUGCUGCCUCCAUCCCAAAUGCAGAAUCGUAUGUAUUUACGUGCAUCUCUGCCUUCACACAGUUCUUCACCGUAUGGGAAGCCAUGGGGAAACCUUUCCAAGUGGAAGCAGAACCAGAAGAGCUACCAUCCCUGGAAGGAUGUUUCACCUCUGAUUUCAAAACUUCGUAG